AUCUACAACGUGGUGAUGACGGCGGGGUGGCUUGUUAUAGCCGUUGGCUUAGUUCGAGCAUAUCUGGCUAAAGGUAGCUAUCAUAAUCUGUACUAUUCGAUAGAAAAGCCCUUGAAAUUCUUCCAAACUGGAGCUCUGCUUGAGAUUCUACAUUGUGCUUUUGGCAUCGUUCCCUCUUCUGUUGUCCUGACUGCUUUCCAGGUGAUGUCAAGGGUUUUUUUGACAUGGGCAGUAACACACAGUGUAAAAGAGGUACAGAGUGAAGACAGUGUGCUCUUAUUUGUUGUUGCCUGGACAGUCACAGAGAUUAUCCGUUAUUCCUUUUAUACAUUUAAUUUACUAAACCAUCUCCCUUAUCUUAUCAAAUGGGCCAGGUACACGCUGUUCAUAGUACUGUAUCCAAUGGGAGUCUUAGGCGAAUUACUCACAAUAUAUGCUGCUUUACCCUUCGUCAGACAGUCUGGCUUGUAUUCCAUUAGUUUACCUAAUAAAUACAAUUUCUCCUUUGACUACUAUACAUUCCUGAUCCUGGUUAUGAUCUCUUACAUUCCACUCUUCCCUCAGCUGUAUUUCCACAUGCUACAUCAGAGGAGAAAGGUACUUUCUCAUACUGAAGAACACAAGAAGUCGGAGUAAUUCCAGCACUUUUUCAGAACUUUUCACACAUCCGAAUGCUGCAGAUUUUUCAAUAGCCAGCACGUUUAUAGAGAAUGAAGUUAAAACUAAAUCAGAGGUAAAAAAAAAAAGAAAAAAAAAGGCCUAUAACUUAGAAAGAAUAACUAAUACACUUGUUAACUUUGUUGACUAUCAUAUGAAAACUGGAUUAUCAUUUUCAGCAUGCACUGCUAUGGAGAAUGUCUCAAUUUUAUGUGGCUUAGGCAUUUUAGCCUUUUACCUUUCCUUACUUUAAAUAAAAACCUUUUUUUAGCAUAUAUUGCUAUAUGCCUGAGAGUUGAAGAAUGAGUGACAAAGCUGUACUCACUAAAUGCAGUGCUUGAAUUGGAUUUAUAUUAUUGACAUGCUUUUCUAAAGGUGCUUGACUGCAUGCCAGAAAUUGUAUGUAUUCCUGUAGAAGCAAACUAUAUUCCCUGGAAUGCUCUAACAUUUUGGCUGGGACUCCAGCAAAGGGGGUAGCCCAGGCAGAUUGCUUCAAUCUAGUAAAAUAAUUUGUGGAUUUAAAAGGCAGUGGGGGUGAGAGCAGGGAAACAAUUACUGGGACAGAGAGAAUGCAGUUCUCUAGGAGAUGAAACUGUACCGUGUCUGACAGGAGUGUGUUCCUUAAAGAUUCAAUUUAAACUGAUUACCUUGAACACUGAUGUUUUUAGUGCUACUCCUGCAGAGGUCAUGAGGGUGCCCUAAAGUAUUAAAAUUGUUCUGAAUACAGCAGCCUCGGUUCUCCUUUUUUAUUUUUUAAAAGGAGAGUGAAAUGUUAAUGUUUCUGAAUAACUGGACAGAGCAAUGUCAUUAGUAAUGAACAUAUACAAUGUGAUAAUGUGAAAUAUAUCACUUAGUAACUUGGUGUUUUCUUUCCUUUUUGGCUUUAAAUUAUUAUUUCCAAUUGGUAUCUGCUAAGCUCAUUUAAGUCUGUUUUGUUUAUGCACUUGUAAACACAGAUAGGAUUCAGAUAGUUUAAGAAUAAGUGUAGAUAAUUGGAAUCUAAAUGUUCCACACAGAGCCUUUUUCCAAAUUGUUUUGGAUGAUUGGACUUAGAUGUAUAGUCAGCAGUUUCAAUGAUGCUGUUAAAUCCAAUAUGAACCUAGUAAAUCCAAAUGUUUUUCUUUAAACCUAGUCAUUUAGAGAAACAGUAUUUCCAUGAAUGGGUUUAUGAUUACAUUGUCUAAAAGAGCUGUUUUUAGAGAGAAAUUUCUCUAAUCUUUUUGUUAUGACUCUUGUCAACUUGUUCCCGGUUCCAUCCAGAAACCAAGCAGGAUUUUACCAGAGCUCAUAAUGGUCAAGAGCACUCCACAGAUAAACAGACCUUAACAUUUAGUUCAAAUGGUGCUGUGUUAGCAAUGGGAGGGGACGAAAAAGUAAGGCUGCCUUAGCUCACAGGCUAAUUAGAACACAUCAGAGCAGUCAAUUAAUAGAGUCUGCUCUGCAUCCUAAUUGGCCUCACUGUCACGUGUAUAAGCCCCUACAUGUAUAAAAAUGGCCAUGGGACGCUUUACCUAACCCUCAUUUGAGAAGGUUUAGAUAAAGUGGCCAUGCAGCCAUUUUUACGCACAGGGUCUUAAUCCACGUGAAGGUGAGGUGUUUAAAUUAGAGCAGCUCUCUGGGAACUGCUCUAGUUAGAACGCCCCUCCCCACCCCUGAGCACAUGUAUAGGCAGCCUAAAAUUGUAGUUCAUAUUAAAACACUUUCUUCCUUUGGGGUAGGGAAAAUAUAAAGCCUACACUAAGUAAAAGUGCUUAUGUAUUUUAAAGGCAGUAAAAUGUUGUGUAUGUCUUGCUUCCUUUAGUGGACUAGAGAAAUGCAGAGUGGCUCAAACACACUGCAACAAAAUAGGGUAUACUUAUAUUUUUGAACAAUAAAUCUGUUCCCUUCAAACUAGCUAUCCAAGUUGAUGAUGGAGGGUGUUUUCAGUGGAAGGCACCUAAAUAAAAAAGCAAAAUGGCCUAAAUUUCCAGAAAUGCUGAAGUCUGUGGGGAUUGUGGAUGCUCAGCUGUUUUGAGAAGCCACUUUGAUUUAGAGUGGCUUAUAGUUAGGAGUCUUAUGCUCCCAAUGUUGUUUUUUUUUAAAAAAUGACAUAUGAAAUUAAGUACAUUAAUUCUAAUUGGAGUUAUACAUUAGUUUACUUUGUUUCUUAUGAAGCAGAGAAAUUGCUGCAAAUUGGGGGAAGGCUCUUUACAACUAACCUAUUUAAUUAAAUAAGCUUUGUGUUUUGAAAUGCUUAAUCUGUACCAGUAUCACAAUACCAAUACAAAGAUAGUUGACCACACAAAUGCAAAUGAAAUCCUACCCCUUUGUAAAAAAAAAAAAAAAAGGUACUCCCAAAAAGUGUUGCGUUGCGUUGUUUUGUUUUCAGGAUUUUGUUACAAGAGAAAGCAUCAUCAGACAUAAACCUCUUGCACUGGAAAAACAAGCAAACAUUACAACAAGCAAAAUCCAUUUUGCACAAAAAAGAGAAAUCUAACACUUGAUCCUGCAGUGGUUACUCAGGCUAAACUCCUGCUUAACUGUAGCAUCAGGCUCUGAGAGAUCUUUUGUAAUACAUGAGGUUUUCUUUCUAAUGCAUAUUUAGUUGUAGUUUUAUUUCUUUUCAUAAACUGAAAACUAGUAGCCUCCUCUGUAGUAGGUGUCUGUCCCUGAAAUUUCUUUGAGUUUGAGAACCUAAUACUGGAAGCUUUUGUAGUUCCCUUUUUUUUUUUGGUACAAUCUAGGGUUAUUUUUCACAAGCUUUUAGCUUGACUUGACUUUUCUCUCCUGUCAGCAUUACCAAACUGCCACAGCAGCCGUCCCUUAUCUGCAUUGGUGGUUUUUGUGCUGAGCCUAAUAGUUUUGUAGACAGGUUAUUAACUUGUGCCCUACAAUGCUUCUUCAUCCAUGUUUAUCAUUUCAUGGAAAAGACCACAGUCCUUUUCAGUAGACACAUCUCACACGGAGUUGUAGAAAUUUUCAUAUUGUAAAUCACAGUGAAAUGCAGACUGUAGUACAGACAAACAAAUGGUAAUUUUUCACAAUGUAUGUUUCUAUCAAAGAUUUUUUUUAAAUUACCAAUAAAAAAGAUUAGCAUUUGUGUGGACCAAUCUGCAGUGUCAUUUAAAAACCUAUCUUUCAUAGUCAAAUAUUCAUGAAUAUGCAUCAAUCAGAUCCAGUAUAUUUUGAUGCAUAUUCAUGUGAUGCAGUUUGGGUGAAAAUUAUACAUGAUAUACAGCUGUUUUUGUAUUUUUUUUCUAUGUUGUGAAGAACAAGAUUGUAAUUUUAUAAGUAUUUGAUUCACUAAGAUUACAAUAAGUUAAAUGUAUCUUUUGUAUAUUUAGAAAGCUGAUAAUACAUGCAGUUCUGAAAGACUAAGCAUAGACUUUUUAUCCAUGUAUGGAAGAUGUUUCUACUUGAUGUUAAUGUAGUGAAAUGGUUUAUUCACUAAAUACCAAUUGGUGGUGUUACAUUGUGAAAUAAAUUGGUUCUGUGCUCUCUGCCUGGA